AUGAGAGAGGCCGGAAUAAUGUUAAUAAGCACAGCACUAACGUGUGCUGUAAUAGGCAAUGCUUAUUACCAAAGAAAACAGUUUUACCCAACAGUAGUUCACAUAACCAAAUCGAAUCCUAGUAUGACGGUAAUCUAUGCACAGGGUUUAAUUCUAGUGUUUAUGAUAAAUGCGUUUCUUCGAAAGAUAUUUUUUGGUACUCUACGUGCUGCUGAACUUGAGCAUCUGUUGGAAAAGGUAUGGUACGCUGUGACUGAAACUUGUCUAGCAUUUACAGUAUUCAGAGAUGAUUUUAGCCCAAAAUUUAUAGCAUUGUUCACACUUUUGUUAUUUUUGAAAUCAUUUCAUUGGUUGGCAGAAGAUCGUGUAGAUUAUAUGGAAAGAAGUCCUGUGAUAACAUGGCUGUUCCAUCUCAGAGUUGGUACUUUAUUGGGACUUUUGUUUGCUAUAAACUUAACUAUGAUUCAUUAUGCAUAUAAUACAACAGCCACAAAAGGUCCUUCGGUACAGCUUGUGUUUGGUUUUGAAUAUGCUAUUCUUUUAACUGUUGUAUUCAACAUUAGUGUAAAAUAUAUAUUGCAUACAAUAGACCUGCAAAGUGAAAAUCCAUGGGAUAACAAACCAGUAUUUCUUUUGUAUACAGAAUUAAUAAUUGGACUAUUAAAGGUUAUUUUGUAUAUUGCUUUUGUCACACUGAUGGUCAAGUUGUAUACUUUACCUCUGUUUGCACUUCGUGCAAUGUAUUACACAAUGAGAGAUUUUAAAAAAGCUUUCCAUGAUAUUGUAAUGUCUCGGCGAGCGAUUAGGAACAUGAAUACAUUAUAUCCAGAUGCAACACCAGAAGAGUUAGCUGCUGCUGAUAAUGUUUGUAUAAUAUGCAGAGAGGAAAUGGUGGCAGCAAGUAAAAAAUUACCAUGUAAUCAUAUUUUCCACACUGCCUGUCUACGUUCGUGGUUCCAACGUCAACAGACAUGUCCCACCUGCCGUUUAAAUAUUUUAAGACCUGUUAACAAUAAUCAAGGGAAUAGGCAACAAAACCAACCACAAGCAGGGCCUCAAGUACCUCAACCCCCGCAAGCACCAGGGUUCAAUCCAAUCGUUCAAGUUCUACCAGCAUUUUGGGCUGGGUUACAAGCUCCAGGAGCAGGUCCACAACAACCAGCUCCGGGUGAUGCACCACCGCAACAGCAAGCUCAACAUAGUAGUGCGAGUACUCCUUCCGCAUCGUUUCAAAAUUUAGCAGCCAAUGGGGUGCCAUUGUUCCCACCACCAUUUCCUACUAUGGUACCAUUACCACCCAUUCCUACACCACCACCAAAUUUAACGGAACUAAGCGAAGAAGAACUUAGAGCAAUGGAGGGUAAUUUGAGGCAAGCCGUUGAAGCUAGAAUACAGAUGUUACAAAGAGUUCAGCUUUUACUAGAUGCUGCCAGUGCAAUGAUGAAUCAAUACCAAACAGCAGCUGCUACUGCUAACAUUCCAGUGCCAACUGCAACAAGUAGUAUGAAUGUUACACCGAAUGCUUCUUCGAUGGCAAAGCCAGGAACGUCGAAAAAUACAAGUUCUGAAGUUGAUAAUGAGCAAUGUCAAGCUAAAACUGAAACGAAUGUUCCUAUUGUAAACUCUUCCAAUGAUAAUGCGAGCACGUUAUCCGGCAGAAGUGAUACAGAAUCAAGCGAACAGGAAAUGCUUCGGAGACGUCUGAUUGCAGAUGUGAUUGAUUGAAAAAGCUUGAAAUUCAAAAUUUACAGUGCAAUCACGAAGGUGUCAAAUAAUGAGUUAAAAGAAAAAGUAAAAUAAAUUUUUGUAUAACAUUGAUUUAAGAAAAGAAAUAACAGAAGCAAAUUUUAGUUUUCAACAAAUUUUGUAUGUAUUUUCAAAAUUAUUUCAUUAGUUUGUAUGGACAUGUAUGUACUUUAUACCAUGAUACAGAUUUCUCCAAAAUAUUUUGCAGAAUAAUUUUUGUAUCAAUUAAAUUGUUACUGUAAUCCCUAUUUGAAAAUUAUUCUAAUCUGUUUAAUCCCUCAAUUACAUAUUAAAAAUAUGACUUAAAAUACCCUGUAAGUUUUUAUUGUACUAUAUUUAGACUGCUGUACAAAUUUUAUGAAUUAUUACAUGUUAGGAAUACUUGUGUCUGUACAUGGGAGAGGUAAUGUCAGUCACUAUAAUAUGACUGUAACAAUUGUUUUUAAAUAAUUGUCAUAAUAUGUAAUAAAUUUAUUUGUCUAUUUAA